UUCUGUUUGCAGCAGACCUCCAGCAGCCGGGGCCUCCUCAAGCUGCCUCGGAUGGAAGUGAAGUGGAUCCAUGUGACGCUGAUCUUCUUUUUCCUGCUCUCUGUUGCCAUGACCGGCUGCUUCUUGUGGCAGUACAGCCUCCCCAAAGUGGAGCCCGGUCCAUCUGGAAUGGAGGGGAGGUCAGAAGCGGUGCAAAUGUGCCCCCGCUAUCCAGAGCCAGUACCGCUGGAUCACCCGAUCCCCAUCCUGAAGGAUGCACUGGAGAAGGUGGACACGCUGCUGCGCAACAAAAUCCAUAGCCCAGGCCUCUCCACCAUGUCUGCCAUCGUUAUCUACAAUGACACUGUGCUCUGGACCGGUAACUUUGGGAAGAAAAAUGGCUCUAACUCCUUCUCAGCAAUGCCUAACGAGUAUACCAUUUACAGGAUUGCCAGCAUCUCCAAAGUCUUCCCCACGAUCAUGCUGUACCGACUGUGGGAAGAAGGAAAGGUAACGUCUUUGGAUGACCCUCUGGAGCGUUACGCUCAGGGCUUCGUUAUCAAAAAUCCCCUGGGGCGCCUAAAGGAAGCUGAACAAAGAUACACGGCCGACGGGCUGAUCUUUCUGGAGAAGGGGUCGCUGCCUCUCAAGCCGUCACCUGUCACCCUGCGCAGAAUGGCCAGCCAGCUCUCAGGACUGCCUAGGAGGCUCCGGUCCACUAGCCUGCUGUGGAAGGGAAGCACACAAGAAGCACUUGCUCUCCUGAAGGAUGACGUUUUGGUGGCUGAUCCAGGAACCAGAUGCCAUUACAGUAACUUGGCUUUCUCACUGAUGGCCCACGUGUUGGCUGAUCACGCUGCUGCGGGGGAAUACCAGCGCUGGGUUUCGGAGAAUAUCUUGGAUCGCUUGGGCAUGGAGGACACCGGCUUUGACAUCACACCGCCCAUCCGUUCCCAAAUGGCAGUGGGCUUCUACAGCAGCGGGCAGCCAGCGCCCCUGUACGACCUGGGCUGGUACCGACCCUCCGGCCAGAUGUACUCCACAGCCGCUGACCUUGCCAAGCUGGCGAUGGUUUUCCUAGGCACCUACCACCGACACCUCUUAGAGCCUGAUACUGUGAAGAUGAUGCUGACACCUCUUUUUAAAUGCUCGAGUGAAUACUUCGCCAACAAGACCGGCACCCCCUGGGAGAUCAAUGAGCAGCUGGGCUAUGACGUCGUCCGAAAAGACGGCGACCUGGACGGCUAUUCGGCGACCUUUUCCCUCAUCCCCAAGCUCCGCUUAAGCUUCAUCGUUCUGAUGGCAGGCCCCAGGCCCCCGGACGGGGAUAUCGUGACGCAGACGUACGAGACCCUUAUCCCUGCCAUGGAGAGGGCGUUUCGGGAAGCAGAGAAGAGCCUGAACCCUCCCCCGAGCCCCGCUCCCUACGUGGGCUACUACACGUACUCCAACUUGACCUUUUACGAGAUCAAAGCUGGAUCUCGCGGGGUGCUGGUCAUGCAGCAGUUUGGGCCCCACAUAGAAGAACUGAUCCCUGAAAACUACCGGACCAUCAAGCUUCACCACCUGGAGGACCGGGUCUUCCAGGUGGUUUUUGACAAAGAGUUCCCCUGCGUCCUGCGCCUGGGCUCUGCCUCCGUCUCUCUAGAGACCCAGGAUGGGCAGCUAUUUAAUUUCUACCCUUUCGACCGCAAGGGUUUGUCUCCUGGCUUUGAUGCUCCCGGUCUGAACACGUACAACGUGGUGCGCAUACACCGCAAGCCUGUCUUCUACAGCUAACUGAUGGGGGCUUCAGGUCGGUGUCUCCCCCACUUGUCCUCGGGGCUUUGGAGAGGCCACGUUAAAGGGAAAGACGAUGGCCACUAACCGUUUCCUACAACACUUUUUCUUUUCUGGACUGACUCCAGUGGCUCGUCUCCCCCGGUCCUGCGAGUCCAGCUGGGUGUUGGGGACGCACGUAAAAACGACGUUCUGGACCAUGCUGGGCAGAUGCUAUAUGGAUGCCAGUGAAGACUCUCCACCGCAGCAGAGCAGCUUUGACCACCAUCAGGGUGCUUGAGACUGGCCUCAGCGGGUCUCUGAGAACCUCUCCUCUGGUGUCCAGCGUUUUCAAUGCACCACAUUGCAUCCGACCCGCACCGUGGUCUUGGACAAGUCACUUCCUUUCUCUCUAUUUUAGCUAUCUCAUUGUAAAAGGAGGUUUAUAGGCCCUCUCUCAUGACGUGCUGACCUAAUGACCGAUUAGCUAAUACCUGCGCGGAAAUAUUAGUCACAAAACCAGUAUUCAGCACUGCUAUGAACUAGAGCCCAUAGGCUUUCCUACCCCGAGUACCUCUCUCCCAGUUAUCAAAUGAUCAUUCACGUUGUUACCAACGUGGGGUCAGGGCUACUGCAGUUAAAUAUGGAUCAGGUCGUAAGCUGGUGUAAACCAGCAUUGCUGUGUUGGAGUCGAUGGAUGAGCUUUCCAGAUGGUAUCAGCAGUGUCGUUUCACUGGAAGAACAGACGUGGCGCCCAGCUGGCAAACAUCAGCAUCGCUCCAUUGCAGCGAACGGCAGAGAUCUUCAGCUGGUUAGGAGUCAGAGUAACUCCAGUGGCGUCGAUAGGGGUGGAUGAGUGCCGUUCCUUUAGGGCUGUACCAGGGAAAAGCGGUUGAAAAUAUGGCCACAAGUACAUAUGUGACAGAGUUAGCGGAGAUAUUGUCCACCAAGCAUGGUGCUUGGUGUGGGAGAGAAAGUCAAACCAGAGAACACGGCGCUUUCUCUCGGCGUUGUUAAGGAAGGGUUUUUUCCCCCACAACUAGAGAUUUUCACAGUUUGCCUCUUGCUUCUUCCCACCUUCUUUUUUUCUUCUUCUUUAAGCUAUUUGCAUGAUAUUGUGAAAUGUCAUUAGAGGCUUUGACUGGAGUGGAAUAUGACAAGGCUUAAGGCAGAAUAUUCAUUUCUAUGAGAUUAGCUGUGUCCCAAAGAGCUUCUAAUAAGUGUCUUUGCCAGCUGAGAUGUGAAACAAUUUUGCUAACAAUUGA